UUUGAGACUGAAAGGGUGUCUCUCUCUUUCUGUCUCAACCAUUUCCCUCUUCACUCAGGACCCCUUCGUCUGUACAUCUCUUAUCGGGGACCUUAUCACUGCUUUGCUCAGCUACCUUCCCUCGGGAGGUGCUGGAAAAGCCAGCAAGGGGAAUUUACCAGGAGGAUAAUGACCAAAAGUCCAGCUUGUAGGCAUUUUACAUAACAGUUUUUUUCCCUCAAAAAACUAAUACAUUGGAGCACAACUACUUCAGCUCAGGGUGUCCCCUUUCUUUCUUCUGAAGAUGAGGAGGCAUCGGUUGUUACCGUUCUGUGCGCUUCUGGGUGUCCUGUUUGCAGGAUUUCUCCCUAAACUUGAUGCUCAGGAAGAUUGUGCACAAGGGUUGGCAGCUGAUGUAUACUUUCUAGUGGAUUCAUCUUGGAGUAUGGGACAGGAGAACUAUGAGCAUGUCAGACAUUUUCUGUACAGCUUGAUACAAUCGCUGCACAAGGUUGGAGAGGACAGGUUUAAAUUUGCCCUUGUGCAGUACAAUACCAGGCCUGAGACUGAGUUCCAGCUCAACAGCUACCCAACAACACAGGGAGUCCUGGCACACAUCAAGGCUAUGUCUUAUCGUGGUGGGGGCACCCGCACUGGCCUGGGCCUGGAAUUCUUGAUACGUACACACUUGACUGCUGCAUCGGGCAGCCGGGCUGCUGAAGGAGUGGCGCAGGUGGUGGUGGUGCUAACAGAUGGGCGAUCCCAGGAUGACGUGGUCGAGCCAGCUCAGGUCCUGCGGAUGGCAGGCGUGGAGGUGUUUGCAGUUGGAGUUCAGGAUGCAGUGGAGUUGGAGCUCAGGGAGAUGGCUAGUCAGCCUCCCGACACUCAUGUAUUCAGUGUAGACUCAUUCCUCUCCUUGCGGGAUAUAAUCCAAGAUUUAGUAGUCAGUCUUUGCGGCGCAGUGACCCAGUCAUGGGGGGCUCCUGUGGCAAAUGAGGCCCCUGUGGCUGGAGGAGGGACAGCACAAGAUUCAGCUGACCUAGUAUUCUUAAUUGAUGGAUCACAGAACGUUGGAGCAGCAAACUUCCCCUUUGUGCGUGAUUUGGCUUUGAGAAUCAUUGAGCCCCUUGAUGUGGGCAGGGACACUGUUCGGGUGGCCUUGGCCCUAUACAACUCCCACCCAGAGAUAAAGUUCUAUCUAAAUAGCUAUGACAGCAAAUCGUCAGUCCUGGAAGCCGUGAAGGCCCUUACCUACUCAGGGGGCGACGAAUCUAACCUUGGGGCUGCCUUGGAGGAAGUGGCCGAAAACAUAUUGGGCCAAACAGCUGGGGGCAGGGCAGAUGAGGGUGUGCCACAGGCGCUGGUGGUUAUAAGUGCUGGGCCAUCCACAGACGAUACUGGUGCUGGUGACCGGGCCCUUAAGAGGGCUGGCGUCAUCACGGUCGGCAUGACGAUUGGUGACACCGCCACUGCAGAUCUGGAAGCAGUAGCUACAGACAAAAGUUUUGUCCUGUCAGCACCUGAUUUCAGAGCAGUGGCAAACAUGGGUCCCCAGCUGCUCCCAUACAUUUACGGGGUGGUCCAACGCACCAUUAUAGUACAGAAUGAGUUCACAGAAGUCUUGACAGUUGGAAAACGAGACAUCAUUUUCCUUAUUGACAGUACAAUGGGUGCAACGCUGAUCAACUCUGUGCGCGAAUUCAUCAAGCGGUUUGUCGACACCAUGCCAAUUGGUCCUGACGAUGUUCAAGUGGGUGUGGCCAUGUUCAGCAAUGUUCCUCGACUUGAGAUGGAUCUCAACUCCCAUGGAUCCAGAGACGCCGUGACUGCUGCCUUGGGCACUAUCAAACCAAGACCUGGACAGACAGUCAAUAUUGGAGCAGCUUUGGACUUUGUGCGAACGAAUAUGAUACGGCCUGAGAAGGGCAGUCGUAUUCAACAGGGGAUACCCCAACUUUUACUAUUGAUGACCAGUAAAGUGUCCAGUGACAAAGUGGAUGAACCUGCCAAGGCCUUGCUUAAAAUGGGUGUAUUGACUCUGGCUGUAGGCUCCAAGACUGCUACUCGGGAGGAACUGAGUCAUAUUGCCUUUGCUGACAGCGUUGUGUUUAUUCUGAAGGACUUCCGUUCACUCCUUCGCCAACCCAACCCAAGACCAAUUAUUGAUGCACUCUCCACUCUAGCUGGGGUGGUUGUGACUGAAGUACCAACUGAGCCAGUGGUGGAGAUAACCACUGUGCAGACUCAAAAAGUGGUCAGAGACAUUGUCUUCCUUGUGGAUGGCUCAGACUACAUUGGCAACACUAACUGGCCCUAUGUGAGAGACUUCAUAAUCAAUGUGGUCAACCAGUUAGAUGUACGCCCUGACAGGGUCCAGAUUGGUCUCCUGCAGUUUGCUGAAGAUCCAAAAAUUGAAUUUUAUUUGAACUCUCACCGCACCAGGCAAGAUGUUGUGAAUAAAAUCUCUCAACUCAGGCUGACUGGAGGCUCAGUUUUGAAUACAGGAGCUGCCUUGAAUCAUGCCCUCUCCAAAAUGUACAAACAAUCAGUUGGGUCACGCAAGAGGCAAGGAGUCCAGCAGGUGUUGGUUCUGAUCACAGGAGGUCCAUCCCAGGAUGAGGUCAAGGGAGUAGCUAAUGACUUGGCUGUCAAUCAAGUUUUGACCUUCACAGUCAGUUCUGGGCAAGCAGAUGACACCCUCCUGAAAACAGUUGCCUUUGUUCCAGAAUUGGCUUACCAUGAAAGAAGCUUCUCUAAUUUACCAGCUAUGGCAGAAGUAAUCAUGCCAACGUUGAUAACAGUGGUUGGCGAUACACAUGUGAGCUCUGUCCCAGAGGAAACAGAAGAGCCUGUUACUGUUACCGGAAGGGAAAGGGAUGUUGCCUUCCUCAUUGAUGGCACAGACAAUGUUCGAGCAGACUUUGCCUAUGUCAAGGAUUUUAUAAUCAAAGUAAUUCAACCACUCGACAUUGGAACUGACAGGGUAAGGAUUUCAGUGGUUCAACACAAUGAGAGGCCAACCCCAAGUUUUUACCUCAACACUUACCAAUCCAAAGAUGAUGUGAUAAAUGCUGUCAACUCAAUGACACCCUCUGGUGGACGAAGUCUAAACACAGGAUCUGCUCUAAGAUUCAUGAAGGAAACCAUCUUGUCUGAAGCUUAUGGUAGCCGAGCUGCCCAAAACGUCCCUCAGUUUCUAAUCGUUUUGACUGGAGGCAGGUCCAGGGACAAUGUGAAGGAGCCUGCUGGUGCACUGAAGACAGAGGGAGUCGUACCAUUUGGUGUUGGUGUCAAGGAUGCAGACCCAAAGCAGAUUGAGGCCAUCUCUCACAACCCUUCCUUUGCCUUCAAUGUGAAGGAAUUCAGUGAGCUUAGCACCGUACCACAAAGGCUCAAUAACUAUGUGAGCCUUCCCAGGGAAGAGCUAACCCUUGUCCUGCAGCAAGAACAAAGUGAUGCCUUAAAAAGAGAUUUUGUGUUCCUACUGGAUGGCUCUGAUAACACACGAAAUGGAUUCCCAGAUAUAAAGCUCUUUGUUAAGAGUAUAGUGGAGAGCAUCUCUGUCAGUGAAGGCCAAGACAGAGUAUCUGUGGUUCAGUUUGCUGAUAUCCCUGAGGUCAGCUUUUAUCUAAAUUCUCACAAGACAAAGAAUGACAUCAUAAAUGCCAUAGAAAAUUUAAGGCACAAGGGUGGAAGGCGCCUUAAUAUUGGGGAAGCUCUCCAGUUUGUGAGACACAGUGUCUUCACUUCCUCCACUGGCAGUAGAAGACUGGAGGGAGUUCCCCAAAUUUUAAUUCUCCUAAGUAGCAAACCUUCUACUGAUAAUGUAAGAGGCCCAGCAUUUGCUCUUAAAGAGCAUGAAAUUGUGUCAGUGGGAGUUGGAGUGGGAGAUGCCAGUCUUUCAGAGUUGGAAAUGAUUGCCUUCAAACCUGGUUUUACAUACAAGGUCAAUGGUUUUUCCAAGUUGCCCUCAAUCCAAUCACAACUUGUUGCUACACUGAACAUAAACAAAGCAACUCAGGAAACCAUGACUGGAACCUCUGAUUUAUUAGGAAGCAAAAAGAGGGACAUAGUGUUUCUACUUGAUGGGUCAGAUGGCUCCAGAAAUGGACUUCCUGCUUUUCGAGAAUUCAUCAGAAGAAUGGCCGAAGAGCUAGACAUUGAUGAAGACAAAGUUCGAGUGGCAGUUGUAUUGUAUAGUGAUAACACAACAGUAUACUUCAACCUAAAAACUCACAGAUCCAAAACGGCCAUAAUUUAUGCUGUAAGAAGUCUUCGCCAUAAAGGAGGAAGAUCUCGGAACACUGGGGCUGCUCUACAAUUUGUGCGAGACCAUGUUUUCACAGAUUCAUCUGGGAGUAGAAGACUAGAGGGUGUCCCUCAGAUUCUGUUUUUACUUACUGGAGGCAAAUCCAAUGAUGAUGUUACCAGAGCUGCAUCAGAUCUAAAACAAACUGGUGUUCUAUCUUUUGCCAUUGGAAUGAAAGAUGCUAAACAACAGGAGCUUCAAAAAAUUGCCUUCUCCUCCAGAUUCCUUUUCCACCUGCCUGUCUUUGGUGAACUUUUGUCCAUUCAGCCGGAGAUAACUGCAUUUGUCCAGUCCAAAAUACAGAUUGAGCCUCCUACUGUUGUCGAUCCCAGCAGAAGAGAUGUUGUAUUUUUGCUUGAUGGUUCUGAUGAUUCUCAGCAAAGAUUCCAGGAUAUUACAGACUUUGUGCAGAGAGUGGUGGCAGACCUUAACGUUGAUGCAAACAAAGAUCGUGUGGCUGUGGUUCAAACUUCCGUCUGCUACACGGGAUGUAUUAUCAUUGUUAAUGGAGGCUUCCCCUCAUACGGAGCAAACUGCUCCUACAAAGGGUUUUGGUUCAAGGUCCAGCAUGACUAG